AGCCUACCCUCAACUUUUGAUUUCUUACAUCUUGUUUUUGUUCGACGCCAUCGCCUUCUUGUGGCUGUUCUUCUGCCCUUUCUUCACAUCCCAUAGCCGCAGAGGAGGCGUCUUAGAUUUUAAUCUUUUGUUAUAGUUGCUGUGUGUGCGAGAAGCAAGCCAUCACUACACGGUUGCCCGUCGACGCCGAUUAUUGCGCGCUCUCUGAUUGGCGUUGCAUCUUUCCUCUCGCUGUGGGUGUUUCAUCUAGUGCUGCUCCUUUUCACUGCUCUUUCACUCUCUUCAACGUACGCAGGCACUGAGUUCUAUUCAUCAUACAUAUUUAUUUAUUAGAAUUAGAAAGAAAGAUGAACUCCGACGACGUAGACGCGCUGCGCUCCGAGCUUUUACGCCAGAAGUUAAUCUUCGACGCGGAACUGCGCCGCCAACGCGAGUCCUUCGAGGAGCGCCUCUCCUACAUCACUCAAGAGUUAGCGGAUCGCGAGGCAGACUGUCGAAACUUGCAGUCCGUCAUCACCAUUCUCGGACGGAAGGUAGACGCCAUUACGGAGCUGAAGGAGAACGGCACCACGCCGCGUCCACCAACGCCGCGGCGCAACAACAGCAUGCACGGGAGCCCCUUCAGUCGCAAUAUCUCCUCUCUCCCCUCGCCCACUCACGCACCGAGGGAGCGGGCGCGUACGAACUCACUCCUGACGGUCAACUCGCGGCGGGCCUCCCCGCAGAUCCCGAGCGGGAUUGUGCGCCGCACCAACUCCGCCCUAGCACGUGUGGCGUCGACGAGCGCGCUGAGCCGCACGGAGAGCCCGCACGUCUUUGGCGGGCACCAGGCCCGGCCGCUGCUGCGGACAAACACGAACGCGUCGGUGGGGAACGAGACGGGCAGCAACGCGGGUGGUCGGCCGCUCAAUCGCAAAGUGACGCGCCGGCGCACGAAUAGCGCUCACCGUCUCACGGGGGUGAAGGCAACAGGUGACUGGUAG